AUGUUCUUGCCACUAGCUGGAAGGGGAGUUGUCGCCUACGUAGAUGAUGUUCUGGUCUACAGCGAAGACGAAGAGCCCCGUGCUAAGUUGUUGGAACAGUUCUUGAAAAUUCUGUGGGAACAGAGAAUGUAUCCUAAGUUUAAGAAAUGUCAAUUCGCCAGUUCGGCGAUCGAAUAUUUGGGGUACAGGAUAGGCGGAGAUGGGAUCACGCCGAGCCCUGCAAAGGUGAAGGCUAUUGAAAUAUGGCCUGAAGAACUCCCCGACGACACACAACUUAAGCAGUUCCUGGGGACAGUUAGUUACUGUAGGAUGUUCAUGGGGCCAGUUUUCGCGGACAAGACGAAGCCACUCGUCGAGCUAAUCAAAAAGGGUGUGCCUUUCCUCUGGACUGAGAAGAUCACAGAAGCAGUGAAGGCCCUGAAAUACACUUCGGCCAUUUUCACGACCUUGCAGAUCCUCGAUAUAAAAAAAGCCCUCUGUGCUGCGUCCGGAUGCUUCGGGAUACGCGGGGCUUUGGCGGCAUGCUUGCUCGCUUUUUCUACUGGCCUCAGAAUGCGUUGGUGGGGUCUGCACAAGAAGCAGAGCCGGGGGCCAUGGUUUGAUGCACCCAUUGAUGAGAGGGAGGUCAAGUUCCGAGGGCCCUAUGAUCUCUAA